AUGCGCUCGAAUGGUCUUGAAAAUUCUGCAUUUGUGUUGGAUCAACAAUCAUCUAGAAUAAAUACUAGACAUGGAAUAAUAGUAACAACCAAAUUACAAGAUAUAGAAGACGAAGAUGAUGAUGAGGAGGAGGAAGAAGAAGAUAAAAAUAAUGUAGGUUUUGAAAAAUUAUCUGGCGAAGGUCAUCGUAUUGGUUUAUUUGUAUUAAAAAUUCGUCAACGAAUAAUUAAACUAAUUGAAAAAGAAAAAACUUUAGCAAUUUUUGGAUUGAAAUUAAUCUUUAUAAUUGGUUUUAUAAUCUAUUUUGGAUUUGCUAUGAGUAAUAGAUAUGGUACAUCUGCUUUUCCUAUCCGUGGAAAUAUUUUUCGUGGCAAUUCUGGUUCAAAACAUCCUCAUCGAAUUCGAUGGACAACAAUAUUUUAUUCAUUUGUUAUUCAAUUUCUUUUGGCUGCUAUUGUCAUACGUAGUGAAUUUGGUUUUCAAUUUUUUGAGUUUCUUGGAAAAGAAGUAUCAAAAUUUAUGCAUAAUGCUGAUAGUGGAGCAGUUUUCGUUUUUGGAAAAACUUAUCAAGAACAUUUUUUCGUAUUUAAAGUUAGUUCAAUAAUUAUUUUUCUUGGAUCUGUCAUUAAUGUACUUUAUUAUUUGGGUGCGAUGCAAUAUGUUAUUGGAAAAAUUGCAUGGCUCAUGCAAAACUGUUUAAAUACAACAGCAGCUGAAUCUAUGAAUGCAGCUGCAAAUAUAUUUGUUGGAAUGAGUGAAGCACCAUUAAUGAUUAUGCCUUUAAUACCUACAAUGACAAUAUCAGAACUUCAUGCUGUAUUAGUUGGUGGUUUCUCGACAAUGUCAGGAUCUAUCCUUGCUACGUUUAUUUUUUUUGGUGUUCCUGCAAAUCAUUUAAUUGCUGCUAGUGUUAUGGCUGCACCAGGUGCACUUGGAUUCGCAAAACUUUUAUUACCAGAAACACAUCAUUCAAAAACCACAUGGAAGACAGUAAAAAAUGCUCCAUUACCAGAACAACACAAUGUCAUUGAUGCCUUAUUAACUGGAGCAGGACAUACUUUAAAAAUUUGUGGUUUUUUAAUUGCUAAUUUAAUAGCAUUUAUCAGUGUUCUUCAUUUUGCUGAUGUGACAAUAUCAUGGUUUUUUAAUCUUCUUCAUCAUCCGGAAAUAAAUUUUCAAUUUUUACUUGGCUUACUUUUUUAUCCAUUUUCAAUGAUAAUUGGUAUUCCACUUUGUGAUUGUCUUCUAUCAUCAAAACUUAUUGGAAUAAAAAUUAGUUUGAACGAAUUUAUUGCUUAUCAAGAACUUGGUAAAAUACGUCAAUUACGCAAUGAACUUAUAUUAAACAAUACAUUUCCAUUGUAUUUAAAUGGUACAUUAACAUUACCAAAUGAUGUUCCUAUGUUAUGGGAUGAUAGUUCAUUGGUUAUUUUAACUUAUGCUUUAUGCGGAUUUUCUAAUUUUGGUUCAAUGGGUAUUGCAUUAGCAACACUUGGAGUAUUUGCUCCUACACGAAAACGUGCUUUAACAAAAAUUGCACCACGAGCUUUAAUUGCUGGUAGUAUGGUUUCAUUAAUGACGGCAUCAAUUGCUGGUAUAAAUAUUGAAAAUAUAUAUUCAUACUAUUUUAUGAGACUUUUAUUUUUAGGUCUACUUUAUGAUGCUCGACAUGUAACAGUACCAAGAUUAAAUUCAAAUUCUACAAGUGUAUAG